AUGGUAUCGAUAAUUAAAAAUCAAUUGUUAAAACAUCUGUCAAGGUUUACUAAAAACCUGUCAGUUGAUCAAAUAAAUUGGAGCACUUUGCGAGGCGAAGGAGAGUUGUCAAACUUGGAGUUAGAUGAAGCUGUGCUAACAGAUUUACUUGAGUUGCCAUCGUGGUUAAAGUUGACAAAUGCUUGGUGUAAUAAA